UACAGACAGGAAGCAACACAGCGAGUGUCUUUAGCAUGUUAGCAAUUUUUGUUUUUGAGUCAUUCAUUUCAGUGUUAUUCUUCACUUCACAGUUGACUCUGAAGAGGUGUGAUCUCUGUCACACAGGAAGAAGAUGAGCAGGAGCACUGACAACAUGGAGCCGGUGACGUGCACCAUCAAGCCUCCAGUCUACCUGCAGAUUGGAGAUUCCAAAGCAGACGCGGCUCAUUCUGGUGUCUGUGUGGUGGACGUCAGUCUCCCCUUUGGAAAGACGGUCAAUAUCGAGGAGAUCAGCUUCAAGAAUUAUUACACUGCCUAUUUGACUGUGCGUCUGCUGAGGAGGGACCCAGGACAGGAGGCCCCUGCCAAGUGGUGCACAGCCCUAAGAGACCUGCCCCUGAUGGAAAACCCUCACACUGAGGGGGGCUCUCAGGAUUACUACUCAAUUCAUAGAACACAGAUGUAUGUGGAACCGGAUCACGUGGUGUCAGUGAGACUGAUCCUGAGACAGCCAUCCUCCGCCUGGCUGACCUUCAGCCUGGAAGAGAUCAAGAUAUGUCCUCACGUGCAGCCGGACCCAGAGAAGGAGGUCUCUGAUUGGUUGUCAGAUCUGAUCCUGGUCGACCACCACCCUGACCUGGAGGGCCUCCCAGACCCCCACACUGUGUCCUCCAGUAUUCAGCAGAUGUGGGCUCUGACUGAGGUGAUGCAGACCAACCAGACCACCGCCUCUAUCGGACGCUUUGACGUGGAUGGAUGCUACGAUAUCAACUUACUCUCUUUGACAUAACAAGACCCCUGUGCUCCAUCAUGGAUGUCUUUUGUUUUGGUUUUUCUCAGAUUUUAAGUCACUAAGGACCACAGCGACUUUGUGGUGUGUUGCAAAGGAACGAUCAAGAUUAUCAGUUCACAAUUCCUGCUAAUGCUACAAGUCAUAUUCACCUCUUAUAAUAACAGUAUUUAAGCAUGAAUUAAAAACUAAUGUGUGUCAGCACUAACUGCACAGUGUUACAGACUGUUAUCAUGCUGUUGGAUGUGUUUUAUCUACAAGCUGCAGGAGGCUUGAAUAAAUCCUGUUUUCCUUAAACAUCAUAUGAAGCACCUGAUGUAACAAAUGAGUAAAACAGCGUUUUGUGUGUAAUACCGUCUGUUGACACAAGGCGGCAGCAGCGUCUCAUUAGACAGAAUGAGAUUGAAAAUUGGAUCAUUAUUGGAGUUUUCCAUGUUUUUUCCAGAGUAGUGACAGAGUCAGUCAUGUCAG